AUGCACCUGCACCAAAUCAGCAUUCGCGAGAUCCUAAUCUGCAAAUGGAUUGGCAUACGCCCCCUUGUUCAUGGUGUGUCCUUUGCACUUAAAGGACCUUUUUUGCAUUUGCCAUCAAACAGCCCAGCCAUGAAGCAGUCGGGACAAAGAGGCACCAGAAACACACUUCAGCAUGGAAUUGGUCCUGUUUUGGUUGUAGCGCAGUUCUUUGGCGUGUUGCCAGUUUCGGGGAUUUGGCCAAGUUCGCGACCGGAGAAAGUUCGUUUUCGCUGGAUUUCUGCAUCCUUUCUGGCUGCUCUCAUCCUCUUCUGUUUUUCAAUUGUGGACUGCGCCUUAUCCUCCAAAAUUGUGCUCGAUCAUGGUCUGAAAAUUUAUACCAUAGGAUCCCUUAGCUUCAGCGUUAUCUGCAUUUUCUGCUUCGGGGUUUUCCUGCUGCUUUCCCGCCGUUGGCCAUACAUCAUCCGCCGGACGGCGGAGUGUGAGCAGAUCUUCCUGGAGCCCGCCUACGAUUGCAGGUAUGGGCGUGGCUACUCUAGACGCCUCCGACUUUGGGGCGUCUGCCUCCUGGUGUUUGCCCUCUGUGAGCACUCCACAUAUGUGGGAAGUGCCCUCUACAACAAUCAUCUGGCCAUUGUGGAGUGCAAGUUGAAGGUGGACUUUUGGCAAAACUAUUUCCAGAGGGAGCGUCAGCAACUAUUCCUUGUCAUGCACUUCAGCGCCUGGUGGGUACCCUUCAUUGAAUGGACUACUCUAUCGAUGACUUUUGUGUGGAACUUUGUGGACAUUUUCCUGAUCCUCAUCUGCCGCGGUAUGCAAAUGAGAUUCCAGCAGUUGCACUGGCGCAUUCGACAGCAUGCAAAAACCCAAAUGCCAAAUGAAUUUUGGCAAAGGAUACGCUCUGAUCUCUUGGAUCUUAGUGAUCUUCUGGCGAUUUACGACAAGGAAUUAUCUGGGUUGAUAGUUCUUUCCUGUGCCCACAACAUGUACUUUAUAUGCGUGCAGAUAUAUCACAGUUUUCAAUCCAAAGGCAACUAUGCGGAUGAGUUAUAUUUCUGGUUUUGCCUCUCGUAUGUCAUUAUUCGAGUUCUAAACAUGAUGUUUGCUGCAUCUUCUAUUCCUCAAGAAGCCAGGAAAAUAUCUUAUACCCUUUAUGAAAUACCCACUGAGUUUUGGAGUGUGGAGCUAAGGCGCCUUAAUGAGAUUUUUCUCUCAGAUCAUUUUGCCCUCAGUGGCAAGGGGUACUUUCUACUGACUAGACGUUUGAUAUUUGCGAUGGCUGCCACUUUGAUGGUCUACGAACUGGUGCUGAUCAACCAAAUGGCCGGCUCCGAAGUGCAAAAGAACUUUUGCGAGGGCGGCGUGGGCUCCUCCAAGAGCAUAUUUUCCUAGUUCUAGUUUUACAUAUAUAUAUAUAUUUUUUUUUUUGCACCUUCUGUA